CACACACAGCUGAGAGAAGAGGCAGCCAGUCAGAGGAAAAAAACGACCUCAACCCUACCCCAGCUCGGGCAGCAGCACUGGCAGCCGCCGUCUCUUUGUUCUGCUCUGCCUUUGACAACACUAAAGUGAAAUUUAGACAUUUAUUUCACCAAUGCCAUCGCGAAAAUUCACAGAAAUGGACUCAAACGGGACUGAAUGUGUGGAUCGUUAUGUGAAGAGGAGGAGGCAUGACAGCGAGCAGUCCUGUGCCCUGGAGUACACGGACCUGGAGGCAGCUGAAGCGCUGGUGUGCAUGAGCUCCUGGGGCCAGGGUCACUUCCUUGGUAGCAGCAAGCCAAACUCCUGCAAGCCCAGACCUCUCACCCCGGCUUCAGACUCCUGUGACUCCCUCAUGCCGCCAGAGCUUCCAGAGCCGCCAAAAGACUUUGUGUCCCUCUCCUCUCUGUGUAUGACUCCCCCUCACAGCCCCAGCUUUGUGGAGACAUCCACUACUGCGCUCCAGUCCAGCUCUGGCAUGGCUGUGUCCUCACAACACUGUGCGUCCGGGCUCCAUCAACCUGCCCUGGCACCCAUUGCCGAGAAGCCCCCCUCCCUCCUACCUCUCCCACAGCCCUGCAGAGCCAUGGCGACCAGCGUCAUCCGCCACACUGCAGACAGCACCCUCUGCCAACACCGCAUUCCAGUGGCCCCCAAUCCAAAGAAAACUAGAGAUGCAGUAACGCCUGCGACAGCCUGCCAGCAGCAGCGGCAGCAGCAGCAGCAAUGCAUUACAAAGACUGAGCAGAUAACGACACCUCCAUCUCCUCCUGCUCCUCUCGCACCCACAUCAUCCGCCUCAAGAACACAGCAGCACGCCAGUCCUUCAAAACCCUGUUUGAACAGUGUCUCCACCCCCACUCCUGUCAAUAUGCAACUGCAUAACAGCCCAGUCACUCCCUCUGCUCCCGCAACCCUGUCCCCGCCCUCAGUCCCCAGCCCUCAAAUCAUCUGCCAGAUGUUCCCCGUCAGCAGCCAAUCGGGCAUAAUCUCAGCCUUCAUCCCUGGUGCGGUUCAGACAGCCAAUACUGGGAUUCGGACCACCACCACGCCCAUCCUCCCCCAGCCUGUCCCAGCUAAUGCUGCCCCUGUCCAGCAGUCCCUCAUCAUGGGCUCAGCGGUGCCGCAGGGCACGGUCAUGCUGGUUCUCCCUCAGUCCUCAGUCUCCCAGGCCCCUCACUGCCCUCAGACUGUCAUGACCCUGGGCAACACCAAGCUGCUACCUCUGGCCCCGGCCCCUGUGUACGUGCCGGCAGGGCCCAGCAGCGGCACGACAGCCACAAAGAUGGACUUUUCCCGCAGGAGAAACUACGUCUGCAACUUCCCGGGCUGCAGGAAGACAUAUUUUAAGAGCUCACACCUCAAGGCUCACCUCAGAACACACACAGGUGAGAAGCCUUUCAGCUGCAGCUGGGACGGCUGCGACAAGAGGUUCGCCCGCUCCGAUGAGCUCUCCCGCCACCGGCGAACACACACCGGCGAGAAAAAGUUUGUGUGCCCCGUGUGCGACCGGCGGUUCAUGCGCAGCGAUCACCUCACCAAACACGCCCGCCGCCACAUGACCACAAAGAAAAUUCCCUCCUGGCAGGCUGAUGUUCGGAGCCUGAACAAAAUGGCUGCUGGCAAAACACCUCCCUCAAAACCCGGCCUUGCUACGCUGAGCAUGCUGGUACCUGCUGGCUCCAAGUAGACAAUGAACACUGCCAUCCUACCCACUCCCGAGAUACCACAGGGACGCAGAGAGCAGCCGCGCACACGAGGCUGCUGCUAUUUUACUGGGAAUGAUGACAACACAUGCACUGGACUCUUUGUUUCCUCUCUACUGCUCAUUUGUACAUUUUCUUUAAAGGAUUCUUUUGUUUACUUUGAUAUAAUUGAUAAUAUUAAUGCACUCUUGCCAAAGCCUUUUUAUGAAGUUUGUACAUUUUACCUUCUCUGCCCCUCCUGCAACACUUCCUCAUUGUGUUGAUACUGAUAUAUAUAUGUGAAUGUAUUGUUUGUCGUAUUAUGAAAAGCAUUUAUUUGUCACAUUUGGGGAAGCACGAGAAAUGAUGUAAAUAUGAAUAUUAAUCAUCAGUACUAUGAUUAUACCUUGAUUAUAUCACCCUGUCUAACUUUUCAUAUUAUUUAAUACAUAUUUGUAAUAAAAGAAAAGAUCAAAUGAGUC